AUGUCUCAUCCUCCGACGUUACAGCGGAAUCUGACUUUGACAGAAGAGCUGGAAAAGCUCGAGCAGUCCAUCACAUUGACGUUACAGGAAAUCGACUCCAACUUUAAUCGAGCCCAUCGAAUAGUGACAUCCAGCAUCAUUCCAAUUGUUGAGCAAUAUGCGGAGAAUUCCAAAGAUGUAUGGGAGGCAUCAAAGUUUUGGAAACAAUUCUUUGAAGCGAGUGCCAAUGUUUCGUUAUCUGGCUAUGAGGAACAGCCACCUAGUGAGGCAGGGCAAGAUACCACCGUGAAUGCCGAUACGACUACCACUUGCGAUUCGACAUAUCAAGAGUCCGAAUCGUACGCCACGCCAUCAUCGGAACAUAUAAAAUUAGAGCACAAGAUUAAAGACGAAGAUGACCCCGACCUUUCCACCCUCUCGCUAUCCCCGUCGCAUAGCACUCCGCGUGCUAAAAGUAUGCCCCAUACAAUGGAUGAUGACGACACAACAUCACGAAUGGAGUACUCCUCAGCCUUUGACCAACACGGGGAAGAUUUACCGGCUGUUGAAUCACCACUCCAGCUCCAUGACACCGGUCCAAGGACGCCUGGCAAGGGAAAGCAACCGAAUUACAAUGAUAUCGCUACUCCAGGCACCUCCUCAUCCACCGUAUUUAAUCCCACGUCGAAUUUUGACCUAUCGAUAGCUCGAAAGGGAGACAAGACUGAUCCUCUCAUGCACCGGGUCCUGGAUAAAACAUACCGUGUCCAAGCGACUCCCCUGGCCAGUUCACGCAAAGCUCCCAGCAGCAAGGGAGCUAGUAGAUUUGGCACUGUGACUCCCCUUACCUCGCGAUAUAAACUAGAUGAUUCUCCGCUUUCGAGUCCAGAGCUAGAAGCUCCAAAAUUACAUACGGAAUUAUUCGAUUCACCUAUGAUUCAACGAAGCGCUCGGAAGCGUAAUACUAGCAAACCUCGAACCCCUGGGAUUAGCAUUUUAGCUACCCCUUCAAAUAAGCAUAGAGAGAAGGCAAACCCUUGGGAUAGUGAUGAAGAAUUUGGCCACGCUGGAUACGCCGAUGAUGACGAUGAAGAUGAUACGGCACUGGUAGACUUCAGUCCUCCAAAGACCAUGCAAUUCCAUGUACCGCAAAGUCGACUGCUAAAGACUCCAGCAAAAGAAGCUUCUAAACGCAUAGUUUCGGAUUUACUUCACACUGCUGGUGGCAGUGACCUCACCGAUGAGCUGGAUGAUAUUUAUGAUGAAUCUAACAAUAGCCCGAGCAUUGUUCGUCGUUCCGGUUUAGAUGACGAAACAUUUUAG